GGCCCAGCGCGCCGCGGAUGGCGCAGGCGCGUUCCGGGGCUCCAGCUUCUGCUCUGAUCGCGGAGCCGGGUCGGGCGGGCGCGCGAGCGGAGCGUGCGGACGGGGCGCGCGGGACGCGAGCAGCUCGGGGGUCCUGCCGGGAGGCGUCGGGAGCCUGACCCGGCGGCUGAGGAGCGGGCGCCGCGAUGGCCGAGGGGAGCGCCGUGUCCGACCCUCAGCACGCCGCGCGGCUGCUGCGAGCGCUCAGCUCUUUCCGCGAGGAGUCCCGCUUCUGCGACGCGCACCUGGUCCUCGACGGGGAGGAGAUCCCGGUGCAGAAGAACAUCCUGGCGGCGGCCAGUCCGUACAUCAGGACAAAGUUAAACUAUAAUCCUCCAAAAGAUGAUGGAUCAACUUAUAAGAUUGAACUUGAAGGGAUAUCGGUAAUGGUUAUGAGAGAGAUCCUGGAUUACAUCUUCAGUGGGCAGAUCAGGCUAAAUGAAGAUACAAUCCAAGAUGUUGUACAGGCAGCAGACCUGCUACUACUGACGGACCUUAAAACUCUGUGCUGUGAGUUUCUAGAAGGCUGUAUCGCUGCCGAGAACUGCAUCGGCAUCCGUGACUUCGCACUGCAUUACUGCCUUCAUCACGUGCAUUACCUUGCCACAGAAUACUUGGAGACUCAUUUCCGAGAUGUGAGCAGCACAGAAGAAUUCCUAGAACUGAGUCCUCAAAAGCUUAAAGAAGUGGUUUCUCUUGAGAAGUUAAAUGUUGGCAAUGAAAGAUACGUAUUUGAAGCAGUAAUUCGAUGGAUAGCACAUGAUACUGAAAUAAGAAAGGUCCACAUGAAGGAUGUUAUGUCAGCUCUGUGGGUUUCAGGGUUGGACUCCAGUUAUUUACGGGAACAGAUGCUGAAUGAACCAUUAGUACGAGAAAUUGUCAAGGAGUGUAGCAACAUACCACUCAGCCAGCCGCAGCAAGGAGAGGCCAUGCUGGCGAACUUCAAACCCCGGGGUUACUCCGAGUGCAUCGUGACUGUUGGUGGAGAAGAAAGAGUUUCACGGAAGCCAACAGCAGCGAUGCGAUGCAUGUGUCCUCUCUAUGACCCUAAUAGGCAGCUUUGGAUUGAACUGGCCCCGUUAAGCAUGCCGAGAAUUAACCACGGAGUUCUCUCAGCAGAAGGAUUUUUGUUUGUAUUUGGGGGCCAAGAUGAAAAUAAGCAGACACUGAGCUCGGGAGAAAAGUAUGACCCGGAUGCAAACACAUGGACUGCAUUGCCACCCAUGAAUGAGGCAAGACAUAACUUUGGAAUCGUGGAGAUAGAUGGGAUGCUGUACGUUCUAGGAGGAGAAGACGGUGAAAAGGAACUGAUUUCCAUGGAGUGUUACGACAUUUAUUCUAAAACCUGGACAAAGCAACCUGAUUUGACCAUGGUCAGAAAGAUUGGCUGCUAUGCAGCUAUGAAAAAGAAAAUCUAUGCCAUGGGUGGAGGAUCAUAUGGAAAACUUUUUGAAUCUGUGGAAUGUUACGAUCCGAGGACCCAGCAAUGGACGGCUAUCUGUCCACUGAAGGAGAGGAGAUUUGGAGCAGUGGCCUGUGGAGUUGCCAUGGAACUGUAUGUGUUCGGGGGAGUCAGAAGUCGUGAGGACAUCCAGGGUGGUGAGAUGGUCACUUGCAAGUCAGAGUUCUACCAUGAUGAAUUUAAAAGGUGGAUCUAUCUUAAUGACCAGAAUUUGUGCAUCCCCGCCAGUUCUUCUUUUGUUUAUGGAGCUGUACCUAUAGGAGCCAGUAUUUAUGUUAUUGGAGAUCUCGAUACAGGUACCAAUUACGACUACGUGCGUGAGUUUAAAAGAAGCACAGGAACCUGGCACCACACCAAACCACUCCUUCCAUCUGACCUUCGCCGCACAGGGUGUGCAGCCUUACGUAUUGCAAAUUGCAAGCUUUUCCGCCUGCAGCUUCAGCAAGGCUUAUUCCGUAUUCGUGUUCAUUCGCCUUGAAGAGGAAGCAGAGCAGAGAGCAAGAUACUGACCCAGGAGCACCAUAACAUGGCUUUACAUAAGGGAGGACAGAGAUGGCCGCUGACACUUGCUGUGUGCUGGGCUUUGGAAUGGUAACUCUCUGGUGGUUUUAUUAUGCUUACAAGCUUGAGCUUCAGCUCUUCUUUGGGAGAACACGUAACUAUUGCAAAACUACCUGGGAGGAAUCAGCUCCUCCAGUUAGAUAAUGUCUGUACACAGUGGAGGCUAGUAAGUAUCAACAGGAAAAGGGAGUGGGAACUGGUGUCAUGUAAAAUAUUGAAGUUAAAAUACUAAGGUGCAUUUUCCCUGAGGGGAACUCACAUCUGACUGACUGCUGUUUUCAAAUAUGUGGCUUUGGUAAACAAACAAAAAAAUCCAUAUAUGCAAAUCAACAUAUCCAAACAUGCCAAGAUUGCUUUUCUACUGCACUUGGAAGGAUAUAUCAUACUUAACCCUGCCCGACAAAUUAAGGUUUGUGCCUAAAAUGUUAGAUUGGACUAUACGCCAGUUAGUCUCCAUUUAUUACUAAUACUCUGUCCUAAGAAUGUUUUUAAAACCAUAUUAUGAUGAACUGAAGAUAAAAUUUCUCUUUUAUAACAUUCUAUCUUAGUAAUGUAAAGUUUCAGUCAAUUGAUGAGUCAGGUUGCAGCCCUCAUAUGAACUUAAAGGAAGUUGCCAACCUCUGUGUUGAUUUAGAUAAUGACACGUCAUGCCGUCAUUUCUGGGGUAAUACUUUUGGAGUUGUGAAGGAUCUCGUGCAGUGCCAUUCUUCCUUUUCAGUGGAUCAGAACCAUUUUAUAAGUAUGAGGAUAUUAGUGAGUAGGAGAUUUUAUAAAAGAAAGACCUGAGUCAGACGAAUAAUAAAGGUCUGCUAUGGCUUAAAAAAACAAACAAACAAACUGUCCAGAGAAAAUAUAUAGGGAUCAAAAACUUUUUGAUAUAAUCUGUCUGAAAGCACACAAAGUCUUGUUUACUACUGUUUAGAAUCUGAAAACUUGUCUUAGAACGAGAGUCUGUGUUAAGAAUCUAGUUUUUGUAAUAGAAUUUUCCCAGUGCCGUUCGCUAGCAAGUUUUAGACAAAUUAUGAGUGAAGUUUGGCUGGUAGAAUAAACUACCUCAACUUAAUUUUAUUCUGUUCAUAGUAGAGCAAAUCAGUCUUUUCCUCUGUCCUUCCUUUCCUCUCUCACUCCCACCUCAACUCACUCUGCCCUACUUCUCAAUGGGAGAAAAAACAUCUUUCAUUAAUGGGACUUAUCUUGUAAGAUAUUUUGUUUUCCACUCAAAUUACACCACCAUAGUGCAAAACCGGGGACUUCAAAAUGCUUGAUUACUUCGUAAUUUGAAUUUUAUGCACUAUCAAAUUUCUAAUUUAACAUAGAGUACUUCAUUUUUAAUUGUUUUCUACAGCUUUUUUUUUUUCCUCUUAGAAUAUGGCUAUGAGAAGCAGCAUUUGUCUUAAUGAUUAAUACAUGUAUAAAUGUAUCCUUCAGUUGUAAAUUUGAGAACAGGAAUUUCUUCUAGAAAUUUUCUAUAUGGAAUGUUAGUGUGCUGUUAACAUGCAUAGGAAACAUCGCUUAUGUUCUCCCACCUGUGGACGUAAAAAAAGGGUGAGCUGUCUGCAGUUUCUUUCUUACACCUCUGGAAGUCAGCACAGUGCCACAAACGUUGCUACAAGAGGCUGGGGGUUCUAAAGAACAUUGUGUGUGCUACCUUAACUCUUCACAGUGGCCAAAAAAUACUCGGUAAGACAAGGAUUAAGGCUUUUAGCUUAUAUACCAGAGGCAGGGGGCCAGAUGUGCCACACAGGGGGUGUAACCCAGUCAGAGUUGGUACAUCAAUCAGAGUUCAGCUUAGGAUUUCUUGCGUGCCAGUCAGCCGCUGGGUGUACAUUUUCACAGGGAUCCUUUGGACAUCUUUGAAUCAAAGCAAGCUAUGUGGCCUCUGCAAAGAAAGAAAGGUUUUUCUUUUUACAUCUAGGUAUUAGUUCUAUAGGAAACAAAUUACGGAAAGAGUCACUUUGCUUUGGUGAAAUACCCUGUACAGAGCAGGAGGUCGGCAUUCAGCAGCUGCAGCUGGGGACCAGUAAAGUCGUAACUGACAUCCCGUUAAAGCCAUGAGAGUCAGCAAUUCUCCUUUUUUUAAUUUAUGACAUUUAAAAUUUUUUCCAGUUUACGCCAGACCUCUCCAAGGAGACAGUUCAUUAUUUGGGAGUGAAUGGGUUCCUAUUAAAAUAUUAUCAGUACCUGCAUGACUCGGUCAAUUCAUUUUAUAAAGUUUUUUUUUAAUUCAGUUCAUUGACACUGUAGCUACAGAAAUUAGAUAAUGUUUUAUAAAAUAAAUUUGCCACAUAAUAUGGGAUGCAAUAACCAACAAAAGCUGCUAAGUGCCAAACUGUUAUUUUACUGUAUAUAAAUAUAAAAAUACUGUGUCGAAGCAUAGGGGUGUAUUUAAUUUUAUUAUGUUCCAAAAUUAAUCAUGACUUUUAAAAUAAAUUACAGUUAUUUCAGUAUUGCAAAAUAAAUUUUAGCUCAUCUCAUGCAGGUUUGUGUUUUAA